AUGCGCCGGGAGUUUCAAGUGGCCAAGACCUUGGCAAUCGUUACCAUUGUAUUCAUCGCAUUCAUAAUACCGUUUAAUAUCAUUUAUUUCAUAACUGAUUUCACCCAUCUCACUUAUCUGGAAGUCACACGAUUUCAUGCGAGCAUUUGGAUUAUAUAUUUGAAUUCAACACUCAAUCCAUUUCUCUAUGGUUUACUUAAUCGUGAUUUUCUAAUAAAUGGGAUCAUAAUUACUCCAAAGCUUAAUAAUAAACAAAAUUAUCUCAUAUUAUCCCUAAGUAUUACAGACUUGUUUGUCGGCCUGUUGUUAAUGCCUGUAUUGGCGUACAGGGAUGUCGUUCAGACCAGUGACUGGAAGUAUGGAUCAGUUAUGUGUGAUAUCUACCACUUCCUAAACAUCAACUGUACGGUCACCUCAUAUCUGCACCUCUUAUUCAUAGCCAUCGAUCGGUACCUAUCGUUCACAAGACAUCAAUACUUGAGGAAUAAAUCCAAAUCACAUAUAAUGGCAAUGAUUGCUAUUUCAUGGAUAUUACCACCGCUUAUAAGCAUUUGGCCAUUACUUGGGUUCAGGGAUAACCACCUGUUUAUGGAUAGGAUUAAUAGGAAUAUAUGCUAUUCAGUGGGCAAUAAUAGAUUGAUUAAAUCGGCUAUACUUUCAUCGGCUUUCAUUGGAUUCAUAAUAAUAGCAAUAUUACAGAGAAAUGAGUUUCAAAUCUUGAAUGAGACACAGACUGUGGAUAAAUGUGACAAAACUAUGCGACAGGACUUCCGAGUGGCCAUGACUUUGGCUAUCAUUACAAUUGUUAUAACCGAUCUAUGCGUCGGUGUAUUCCUCAUGCCUUUAAUGGCUUAUUACGAAGUCGUUGAUAUGGGUUACUGGAUUAUAACCGAUCUAUGCGUCGGUGUAUUCCUCAUGCCUUUAAUGGCUUAUUACGAAGUCGUUGAUAUGGGUUACUGGAUGUAUGGGCCAGCAUCAAUUAAACUUGGAAAUACACGCAAAUACAGUGAUAUAAAUGAAUUUCAAAGACAACAAUCUGUGGAUAAAAAUGACAAAAUAAUGCGCCGGGAGUUCAGAGUGGCCAAGACUCUAGCUAUAGUUACCAUGGUAUUUGUGUUAUGUUUGGCGCCAUACAAUGUUAUGAAUUAUAGGCAUAUCAUUAGUUCGCAAACACCAGAUUACAAAGAGUUAGCGUAUUUACGUACAACCAUUUGGUUAGCUUGCUUCAAUUCAACUCUAAAUCCAAUUCUCUAUGCAUUUCUUAAUAAAGAUUUUCGCGUUGCAUUCAAACGGAUAUUAUAUUAUAAUUGA